CGCGACGCGACUACAUGACACCUCUCUGUUACGCCUUGUUCAUCCCGGUUCCGUUAUUGUUCCGCUGCUAAACCCUAAACAUGUCGCACAAGGCUGCUAUGAUCCGCCGCAUUUGCCAUUUUUCCACCACCUUCUGCACUUCAAUCUCGGAAGCAAAAUCCAAGCUUCGGCCGGAGUAUGACCCAGACGAGGCUCUCAAAUUAUUCUCUUCCGUUUCCAAAAAAUUCGCCUCCCCUGAAUCCUCCCGCCACGCACAAGAUCUCACGGUACGCUGUCUGGCCAAGUCUGGCCGCUUCUCUGAUGUCGAGAAUCUCAUUGAGUCUCGCAAGAAUGACCCCGAAGUCACCCAGGAGCCAUUCUUAUCCAUCUUGAUUCGUUCCUAUGGUCGAGCAGGUAUGUUCGACCAUGCAUUGAAUACUUAUAAUCAAAUGGACGAUUUGGGCACUCCAAGGUCCGCUCUUUCCUUCAACACCCUCUUGUCAGCGUGUGUUGAAUCGAAACUCUUUGGUAAGGUGCCGUUACUGUUCGAAGAAAUUCCCAAAAAGUAUGGUGUGGUGCCUGACAAGAUUUCUUAUGGCAUUUUGGUGAAGUCAUUUUGCGAAGUGAGCAAACCCGAGGAGGCACUUGAGCUUGUGAAAGAGGCGGACAAGAAGGGCAUGGAGAUAACGGUAGUUACAUAUACUACAAUAUUGGAUGCUUUCUACAGGAAGGGGAAAAGUGACGAAGCUGAGAAACUGUGGAAUUUGAUGGCUAAGAAGGGUUGUAUGGAUGCUGCGGCUUAUAAUGUUAGGCUUAUGUUUGAGCAAAAGGGGAAGCCAGAAGACGUAAAAGCUACGAUCGAUGAAAUGACAAAUGCUGGCAUUAAAGCUGACACUAUCACUUACAAUUACCUGAUGACUUGUUAUCUUAAGUCUGGGAUGGUGGAUGAAGCGAUGGUCGUUUAUAAGGGACUGCGCGAUAAUGGGUGCAAACCCAACGCUACAACAUUUAAAUCUCUGGUAUAUCAUUUGUGUAGAAACGGGUAUUGCGAGGCGGGAUAUAAAGUUUUUAAGAAGAGCGUAGAAAUGCACAAGAUUCCAGAUUUUAAUACGCUGAAGAUUCUGGCGGAAGGCUUAGUGAAUAAAGGAAGGAAGAAGGAGGCUAAAGGACUGGUUCGAACUAUGAAGAAGAAGUUUCCUCCUCACAUGUUGAAAGCAUGGGGAAAGGUUGAGAAAGAUCUUAAUCUGACCCCUCCUAGUGCCGAGUCUGAUGAGGCUGAAAAAGCUUUAGCUUAAGGUAUGUUGUGGAUUCUCAUCAUAGUCACAGGUCACCAAGGGGAACCUUGUCUCUACGCGGGCCACAGCUUUAAUUGGAUUGUGGGUUAAGGAACCCGCCGGGCAGCCAUGUUUCUCCAUAUCUUGAUUCUGGAAAUCAAAUAUCAAUUUUAGGGGCUGGCAAAUCUUCAUUGAUGAUGAGCUUGAAAGAGGGUGAAAGCUCAAUACAAUACACCAUGACUCGUACAAAUCUUCCUCUUUUGUAUUAUAUUUUCGACAAUUGUUUUGUGCUUUAAUAAUCUUUCAUGACAGCUUUAUAUUUUCAA